GUGAAGCAAGAGAGCACCGGUGACAUCGAUAUGCUUGCUUCGGGUUGCAAGUUACUGCUGCUAGACAGUAGAAAGUAGGCUAUGGAUUAGUACUAAAACAUUUCUGUUCUUUUCUCUAGGGAAACGAGAACAAAAGUAUGGAUGGAACGGGGGAAGCAUAUGGUCACACCAUUAUUGGUUUCUUCUCCACCCUGUAGUGACUCGAGGGAGAGGAAUUCGGCAAAGAUUUGGUACUUUUACUCUCGUUGGUUUCCCUUGCUCUCCUUGUGUGUUCGUUUUGGGAUACUUGGGCACAGCAACGACCAUGGUGGAGGUGAUCGGAGGAGCCUUGAAGAAAGAGCAAGAAGAGAGCGUGGUCGACAUAGACAGUGGUGAGGAGGAAGCCAAGAAGGUGGUGAGGAGGAGGAGGAAGAAGGCCUGUGAUCCGCACAAGAAGAAGGCAUGCGUGGAUUGCACGAAGAGGUGUGUCCGCAUUCAUGGCCGGCCUUGUUCGUCCUCCUCGGUGCCGUCUUCCAGCAAAGCGAGGGCGAUCCCGGCAGUGGCGUGCUUCUUCAAGGUCAUGAUGGGCUACUUCUCCGAGAGCAUGGAUAUACCACCCCCAUUUGCCAAGACAAUCUUGGACCUGUCAGGCUCCAAUAUUUACCUCGAAGAUGCAUUUGGGCUCCGAUGGCGCGUGCGGGUGUGCUUGCGCGACGGUGUUUUAUCAUUAGGCCAUGGUUGGAAGAACUUUGUGCUGGACCAUGCCAUCAGCUGUGGCGAGUUUCUGGUGUUCAGGCAGAUCGCCAGGUCGGUCUUCACUGUGCAAAUGUUUGCCCCUUCAGCUGUCGAAAGGCUGUAUCUCUGUGAGAGGAACAAAAGGCAGAGCAGGAAGAGGAAGCCCAGGCAGAAAACAAGCUCUCCCAGUAUUCAAACGGUGAAGCUAAUCAAGAAUAGUGUGGAAAGCUGUAAAAAGAAACAGCGUAUUGAUCUCCAGAAGGAUCUGAGCCCAAGCGACUGUAAAAUGUCAGUUCAUGUUUGCAUUGACGACUCUGAUAUUCCCAAUUCUGUAUCUGAACUAAAAUGUUCGGACACAUCUGAUAAAGCACCCGAGGUAGGAGCUGCAGAAUCUCAAGAAGUUUCUGAGGUCCCUACAAGACAUCAAGGCAAAGCUCAGGAGGUGUUGGAUGGCGAUGCAGAAAUACCAGAUGACUGUACAACCUUUAAAGGAAAUGAAAAUGAAUGCAAUUCUACUGUCAGGGAGCACCCCGUUUCUGAUGCUACUGGAAUUGAGCGUGGUGAGGGAUCUAAUUUGCUAACAAAUAUAGAUGCUAGUGGACCUUUGGCUAUGAUGGAUCUUAAUGAAGUGAGUAUAGAUGAUAUAUUUUUGUCAGCUGAUAUAUACGAAUUUGAGAGUGAUAUAUGUAAUCCAGAAGCAUUUUCUGUUGAUCUGAAUAUGGAAGGGCUAAGUACUGAUGGCCGAACUUCAGGUUUCAGUUUCCCAGAGAGUAACUCAUACAAUCACCGUUCUUCCAUGGGAGUUGGUCAGUAUUUUGUGAUGUCAGAAACAGUAUCAUGCACCGAAAAUAAACAGAUGAGUGAUGCACUGGGAACAUGUACAGAUGUCAAUGCUCCAGCGCAUGACAUAGACAUCAACGCAUUGCCCUCAAGUGAGCCAUCAUCAUUUGGAGAGGACAACUCUUCUCCUCCGACUGAUGCUGAAGUGCCCUGUAGUGAAUGUGCAUUAAGCAGUUGUAAUAAGGAUAAAUGCAAAAGUGUGUUCACUUGCCAGGGCAACCAAGCAGCAGAAAAGGAAGUAUACUUAUUGAACAACAACAAAGCUUCAGGGUUUGUUCCGGAAGAUUCUUCUGUAAAGCAAGGUAAACCAAAAGAUGGUCAGGUAAACAUGCAAGACAGUACAGGACAUAAUGCUGCUGAAAUCAUGUCAAGCAGUUCAAAACCUCAUGAAUUUUCCCAUCCCAGGAAAAAACUUCUGCAAACUGGAAAUAACUCUGGAGGCCUCCAAAGUGGAAGUUCUGAAUCAGGUGGUGUUCUUGCACUUGAAGCAAAGAGCGGAAAGUUUUGCAUUGCAGUACCCGCACCAGAUCAAACAUGGCUUGAGCUUCCAAGUCGACUGCCGGUUCUGCCAAGAAGGAAGAAACAUGGAAGGAAAGUUGUAGUGCUCAAGGACCCAUGCAUGAGACUCUGGCCUGUGCUGUACCAGUGCACCCCAAGGUUCAACGCCUUCAUCACUGGCUGGGUUGACAUCAGCAGGGAGAACGACCUGCGAGAAGGCGAAACCUGCGAGUUUGAACUCAGCGGUAACUCUGAACUUUCAUUCCAAGUGCGCAUGCCCAAUGCGAAGUAG